AGUCCGUCAUCCCGAGUUCAGGAACGUUUCAUGUGAAGCUCCCAAAGAAGCCGGGAGUGGAGCUGGGGAUCACCAUCAGCUCUCCGUCCAAUAGGAAACCAGGAGAUCCUCUGAUCAUCUCUGACAUCAAGAAAGGCAGCGUCGCUCACAGGACGGGGACGUUGGAGCUCGGGGACAAGCUGCUCGCCAUCGAUAACAUCCGGGUGGAGAACUGCUCGAUGGAGGAGGCGGUUCAGAUCCUGCAGCAGUGUGAGGAGCUCGUCAAGCUGAAGAUACGCAAAGACGAAGACAACUCAGAUGAACAGGAAGUCUCCGGCAGCAUCAUCUACACUGUGGAGCUGCAGCGCUACGGAGGCCCGCUGGGAAUCACCAUCUCAGGAACAGAGGAACCGUUUGACCCCAUCAUCAUCUCCUCACUGACCAAGGGGGGGCUGGCUGAGAGGACCGGAGCGAUCCACGUGGGAGAUCGUAUUCUGGCGAUCAACAGCAGCAGCCUGAAGGGGAAACCUCUGAGUGAAGCCAUCAGUCUGCUGCAACAAGCUGGAGAGACGGUCACACUGAAGAUCAAGAAGCAGGGAGAACUGACGAGUCCAACGUCCUGUGUGAUUGGUCCAGGGCUGGUGCCGGGGGCGGGGCUUGUUCAGGAGCACCAGGAUGGGGAGGAGGAGCCGGUUGUCAUGGUAGCGCCCCUGUCCAGUCAGAGAGUGUUCAGCGCGCUGCCGUCUGUGGACAGCGCCGUGGAGUCGUGGGACGGAUCCAACAUGGACAGCAGCUUCACCACAGGGGGUACGAAACCCGAUAAACUGUCGACCACGUGCACGUUCAAACAGA